CUUUCCAGGUCUUGAACAGAUCAUACUUUACUUGCUCAGUCUUCCGAAUAGAGAAUAUCUGCCAACGACCACAUCUUCAGUCACAAUGUCUCUCCGUCUCGCCCCUCCCUCGUCACACCCAUCCCAAACAACCAACACAUCAACCCAUCACGUCCCCAACACCCAGACCUCAAAAGGCGCUCCCUCCGCUCCCGGUCUCCCCGACACCCUGCGUGACAACAUCACUCUACAAGCCCCCCGCGGUGCCCCAUCCACCCAACCGGCUACAGCAACCUCCACACACCCACUAGAAGCCCGCCUCCUCGCGUGGCGUCAAACCCAAGAUGCACUGAAGAUGGAGGGCCUUCGCCGCACAUAUGGGAUUGCUGAGCCUGUCCGACGUGGUAUGGAGCUGAAGAUUGUUCGCGACGGUACAUUCCGGCCUGCUGUGCUUGGUGGGAAUAAGGGCGGGAAUCUGCAUGAGGACAUCCUUGUUCUUGGGGGAAGAGAUGCGGAAGUUGGCUGGGAGGAUGUUUUCCAGGGAGACGAAUUCAAGGAACCACCUGCUUUCCACGAUGAGAUGGAGAAGCGGCUGCGGAUGGAUUAAAUUAGUGGGUAGUUUUGAGGGGAAGGGGGUCUUUAUGGAUUGUUCCGUCGAUAAUUGAAUCAUCCAUGCAUCUUUUCACGUCAUGACACAUCAAUACUACACGGUACGGAAUCGAAAAUAAUGGAUUCUGUUUACAUUUGUAAAAAGCAGAAACGUGCGGGUAAUAGAUUAGAUAUGAAGUGUCCAUGCCUACGCGAAACAUACAACAUCCUACUAUACGCUCAGUGCUGUUUACGCAGCUAUAAGUACAGAUCUGAGCAAGACCAUGGAUUCAAACUAUGCAGCUACUAGCUAGCACAUGAUAAUACGAUCUUUGACUGGAUGCAGUCAGUGGGCAC